AUGAGCCGACAACGCCCACUGUCCGACGCCGCCUCUGAGGAGAAGUACAUUGACAAAGUUGCUCCGUCGGUGGAGCAUGUAGAGGAGAGCGUCGCGAAAGUCGCAGAUCGCGAUGAUGAGCUACUCCUUCCUGAAGCCCGCCAACAUGCUGAGAGGAAACUCGUUCGCAAGCUCGAUUUCCGACUCCUCCCCACCAUCGUUUUGAUUUUUCUUCUCAAUUACAUUGAUCGCACAGCCGUUUCGUCGGCACGUUUGAAGGGCCUCGAGCAAGACCUCCACCUUACGGAUAUCCAAUACGAGACGGUGCUCGCCGUACUCUAUGCGUCCUAUGUACCCGCGCAAAUCCCAUCGAACAUGAUCUUGAACCGGAUAUCGCGGUCCGAACUGGCCUUCCGGUCUGCCAUUCUAUAUGGCGGUUUAUUGAUUUCAAACGCCUUCGGAAGCGGUUCUAUAACAGUCUGCAUUGGCUUGUUUGCAAUUUGGGCAUUACCCGACUACCCGCAUAACACUCGGUGGCUGUCGAAGGCCGAGCGACGGCUUGCUCAAGUCCGCCUUGCCGAGGACGCUGGAGAAGCCGACGAUGACUCGGCUCACGAUACUGCGUUCACGGGUUUGAAGCAAGCACUCCGAGAUCCGAAAGUGUCUAUCCUCGCGGUCAUGACAUGCGCGCAACUGCUCGGGCUCAGCUUCGUGAACUUUUUCCCAACACCGCCAUGGAUCUUCGCAACCAUCUUCUGCUGCGUAAACGCAUGGCACGCAGACCGCAGCGGCGAACGCUUCUUCCACAUUGUCGGACCAUGGUGGGGUUCCAUGGUGGGGUAUGUCAUCGGCCUGUCCACGAUGUCUAUCGGCGGUCGCUACUUCGCCAUGUUCCUGAUGGCCAACGGAUAUGCAGGCUUCGCGCUGACUCUAGUAUGGACGUCUAACGCCGUUCCGAGACCGCCUGCCAAGCGCUCUGCGGCCAUUGGCAUCGUCAACGGGUUCGGCAAUCUGGGCAAUCUCAUUGGGUCGUACGCCUGGAAGGCAGAGUGGGGCCCGAACUACCAUCCCUCGAUGAUCAUCGGGCUAGCGUCCUUCGUGUUGAGUUCUGUCCUCGCAUUCGUGGUCCGCUACAUACUUGUUGCAGAGAACAAGAGACUCGACAAGAGCGAUGCGGAGGAGAUGACAGACGCCGAACGAGAGCGGAUCAAGGAGGCCGCGAGGCUGGAGGGUCUCACCUUGGAUGAAGCCAUGGAAAGGAAGAAAGGCUUCCGGUAUCUGUACUAA